UCUCUCCCUCUUUACCCGCUAUAAAAAAAAAAAACCUUCCAAUCGCCAUAACAAUCACCUGCGUCACCACCGGGCAAUUCGGCUUGGUCUCUUUCAAUCGAUUCCAUUGUCUUCGUCUCUACGCCCUCAUCUGCCCUCUUCCCUUCUGGUAACCAGGUUUUAGGUAAUCCUCCAGAAUCAGCUGCUGCUACGAUUGCUGAAAAGCUCGAGAUCAAGAACUCGCGUUUGAAGGAGAAGGCAAAUCAGAGAGAAGCAGCGGGGUGGAAAAUUUAUUCGGUGAGUGCUCAAGUUUCUCGCAAUUAGUAGUAUUGGGUACUUAGAAACGACUGAGAUUGAGAGAAGAAAGAGGUUUAAAAGGAGGAUCUAGGGUUUUUGAGUGAGGAAGAUGAUUUUUGGGAAAAAAAGAUUAAUUUUGGGGCGUGUAAAAGAAAACAGCGGGCCGAAAGGAGCAAAAACAGUGUAAAAAAUAGGCAGGAUACUAUUUUUGAUGUGGAAAAUUAGAAGGGGCCAGGAGAAGAAAACGAUGAAGACUGAGUGAAUGAGAGUCCUAUUUCUUCAUUUUCUUCUCUCAGUUCACCUCUUCGCUUACAAGGUAGACGACAGUCGGAGAAGGAAGUAGAUUCAGGAAGGAGUAAUUUAACCAGGACUCGGUAGAAGUAUCGGUGCUAUCUGGUUAGAAAAUGGAAAAUACGUCUAGGACGGGUAGAGCGUGCGUGGUGGUUCUAGGAGAUAUUGGCCGCAGUCCUCGAAUGCAAUACCAUGCUCUUUCCCUUGCACGUCAGGCAUCCAUGGAGGUGGAUAUUGUUGGAUACGGUGGUAGCAAACCCCACGCAGCUGUCCGAGAGCAUCCAUCUAUUCAUAUUUAUACCAUGACUCAAUGGCCUAGAACCCUUGAAGGUUUUCCAAAGAUACUUUACCCCAUAAUGCUUUUACUAAAGCCUAUGAUCCAGUUUAUCAUGCUUCUUUGGUUGCUUUGUAUUAAAAUACCACGUCCAGAUGUCUUCAUUGUGCAGAAUCCUCCCUCUGUUCCAACCUUAGUGGCUGUAAAAUGGGCGAGCUCAUUAAGGCGCUCUGCUUUUAUUAUUGACUGGCAUAACUUUGGCUAUACAUUGCUGGCUUUAUCCCUUGGAAGAAGUAGUCUUUUUGUCACUGUAUACCGCUGGUUUGAGAAGCAUUAUGGAAAGAUGGCUAAUGGUUCCCUUUGUGUUACAAGGGCAAUGCAACAUGAAUUGGCUCAAAACUGGGGAAUAAACGCAACGGUGUUAUAUGAUCAGCCUCCUGAGUUUUUUCGUCCGGGAUCACUUGUUGAAAAGCAUGAGUUGUUUUGUAGAUUAGACAAAGAUCUUCAUCAUGUUGGCUUUCGAGAUUGCAUUAGCAGUGAACUGGGGAGCCUUUCUCAAAGUGAAACGUUAUUUACAGUACAGGCUGGUGCUGAUAUUUUCCUAAAGCCUAAUAGGCCUGCUCUUGUUGUGAGUAGUACUAGCUGGACUCCUGAUGAAGAUUUUGGCAUUCUCCUGGAAGCAGCAGUAAUGUAUGACAGACGUGUUGCCGCCAUGUUAGAUAAAGAUGAUUCAACCAGUGAAGAUGAACUCUGGAAGAAAAUGUCCGAAGAAAAGCAAUUCUUGUACCCUAGGUUGUUGUUCAUCAUUACAGGUAAAGGCCCUGAAAAGGAAAAAUAUGAAAAGAAAAUCAGACGGUUAAACCUCAAACGUGUGGCAUUUCGUACCAUGUGGCUGUCAGCUGAGGAUUAUCCGUUACUUAUUGGAUCAGCAGACCUAGGUGUUUGUUUACAUACUUCUUCUUCAGGAUUAGACCUUCCCAUGAAGGUUGUUGACAUGUUCGGUUGUGGUUUGCCUGUUUGUGCUGUUUCUUAUUCAUGCAUUACAGAGCUAGUUAGAAUUGGAAAAAAUGGCCUCCUCUUUUCAUCAUCUUCAGAGCUGGCUGAUGAACUACUGAUGCUCUUCAAGGGUUUUCCAGAUGAAUGUGAUACACUCAAGUCGUUGAGGGACGGAGCAUUAGAACAUAGUUCUUCAGCAAGGUGGGCUAGCGAGUGGGAAGAGUAUGCUAAACCAUUAAUAACAGAGGUUAUCUCGGGAAACAUGCGAUGAUAUCUGGAUUCAGCCAUUUUGUCAAAGAGAUAAGUUUAACCCGUACAAUUUUUGGCUAAAAAGGUGCCUAACACAUACAAAUUGAAGGCUCAUGUCUGGGGAAAAUUAUUGCUUGCUGCCGGAUUAUAGGUGAUUUUGGAUUUUCUUUUUUUUUUUUUUUUUUAAUCUUUGGUUUAUUUUUAUUUUGUGUAAGAAAAAAUCUGGUGUAUGAACAAAAUGUUUAUUUGGUCAAAAUAAAUCAAUAAGGUGCUGAGCUCUGGUAGCACACAAUUAGGUUAAUCAUAUGUGGGUUUAUAAUUGGAAAGUGGAAGGCCAUCAGGCUGUCAUCGUAUCAUAGGGAAAGUUAUGCGUCCAUGUCAGCUUUGAUGGGUUUGGAGGUUUAUUGACUACUUGAGGAUCUACUUGGACAUUGUGGUUAAAUUUGUGAUCAGUUGUGUGAAACCAUCAGUAGAUAGGUCAAGAAAAAUUUCAGUUCCUUCACUUUUUGUUGGCAUAAUAUUUCACCAUUUCUCCCCCAGUUUCAUUCAGCGGAGAGAUAAGUAAUUGUUUCACAAGAGAGAGAGAGAGAGGGAGAUGCAUAUUUCUGGUUUGCAUCUGUAAAUCUUUGUUGGAUAUAUGAUUGUUGAUUGUUACCUCUAGUUUGCUGUUCGGAUGUACAUAGUAAUGUAUUUGUCCUCUCCCAAUCAGAAGUCUGUACGGUUCAUCCUGAUAUGAAGUUGGUAUGGAAAUACUUUUUGCGCGGA